AUUACACACACACACACAAUUCUUUUCAUUUUGAGAAACAAAAAAUGGCUGCCGCAGCUGUAACCACCACCGACCAAAGCCGUCACCGAUCAGUGUCCAAAGUGGGCAUAAUUGGGGCUGGCAUUAGCGGAAUCGCCGCCGCUAAGCAUCUCUCCAGUCACCACCCUGUAGUGUUUGAGGCCACAGACUCCAUAGGCGGCGUGUGGAAGCACUGCGCUUAUCGGACCACGAGGCUGCAGACACCUCGCCGGGAUUUUGAAUUCUCCGACUACCCGUGGCCAUCGCAGACGACGGAGAGCGAUGAGUUUCCAACGUAUUUGGAGAUUUUGGAUUAUUUGCAUGGCUAUGCAACGCAUUUUGAUGUGUUGAAGUUCGUCAAGUUCAAUAGCAAAGUGGUCCAACUCCGAUACAUUGGCGGCCCCGAAGCUGAAGAUUCCACGGCGGCGGCUGGAGUGUACGGAAGUUUACUUAAUGGUCGUCCUGCUUGGGAGGUCGCUGUUCAAGACACUCACCUCAACACCAUUCAGUGGUAUGAAUUCGAGUUGGUGGUGAUAUGUGUGGGAAGAUAUGGAGACAUACCAAACAUACCAACAUUCCCUCACAAUAAAGGUCAAGAGGUUUUCAAAGGCAAGGUUUUACACUCAUUGGACUAUGCGAAGCUCGACCACGAUGAUGCACGUGCCCUACUUCAAAACAAACGCGUUGUUAUUGUUGGGUAUCGAAAAUCUGCUAUUGAUCUAGCUGUUGAAUGUGCUGAAGCAAAUCAAGGACCAGAAGGGAAGGCUUGCACAAUGUUGAUUAGGUCACUUCAUUGGACAGUCCCAUCCUAUAGAAUAUGGGGAUUACCUUUUUUCUUGUUUUAUUCAACAAGAUUCUCUCAGUUCCUCCAAGAAACCCCUAAUCAAGGCCUCCUUAAGUCCAUUUUCUGCUCCCUCUUUUCUCCAAUGAUCAGAAAGGUAUUUUCUAAGUUCAUAGAGUCAUAUUUAACGUGGAAGAUGCCAUUAGAGAAGUAUGGCCUAAAACCCGAGCAUUCAUUUGAAGAAGAUUAUGCAUCUUGUCAAAUGGCUAUUAUGCCAAAUACUUUCUUUGAGGAAGCAGAUAAAGGGAAGAUCGUGUUUAAAAAGACAACAAAAUGGUGGUUUUGGAGUGGUGGAGUUGUAUUUGACGAACAAGAUAACAAUAACACUACUACUAAGUUAGAAGCUGAUGUUGUCAUUUUUAACACUGGUUUUCAAGGCAAACUGAAGCUUCAAUCUUUGUUGCCUCAUCCUUUUAAUACCCUUUUGGUUGAUUCUUCUGAUAUCGUCCCUUUGUAUAGGGGAGUGAUUCAUCCACUGAUACCAAACAUGGCAUUUGUGGGAUAUCUUGAGAGUGUCUCCAACCUUCGAACAGGUGAGUUACGGUGCAAAUGGCUCGCAAAACUGGCGGAUGAUGGCUUCAAACUUCCAAGUAUUCACCAAAUGCUUCAACAAAUUUCAGAUGAAAUUCAAGUCAUGAAGAACACUACACGUUUCUACAAGCGUCAAUGUGUUUCCACCUUCAGCAUUAGCUACACUGAUGAGAUUUCCCAAGAUAUAUAUGGCUAAUACUUUUUAAUUACUUAAUUAUAAGAAAUGUUUCAAUUAUUAUUCUGUCUUUUAUUUAAUUAACUAAUCAGAAAAGUUAUAAUCAAGGUUUCUAUACUAUGUAAUGAAAGUUAAAAGCUCAAACUUAGCCUCUACUGUGAGAAUCAAUAAAGACAAAUGUUGUUCGCUUAUUGA